AUGUCUGCCCCGUCUUUCUCCUCCUUUUCCCCCUCCUUCAGCUCGUUUCCAGACCUAGAAGCAGGUACAAGCAAGACCACCUCUAUUCCGAAAGACAGAGAUCAGGAUGACAAGAGAAGGGGCAAGAAACGGGAGGGCCGGGACACAAAGAGCAAGGACCGGGACACAAAGGACAAGAAGCGGAAGCAUGAGAGGCAUUACCAGAAGGAACGCGACAAGGAGGAAAGUCGUUCCAGACAACAUAGCAAGGACAGAGAGCAGGUGUAUGGCGACUUCGACGACGAGCGACUGAAAGCAGCGGAAGACAGUCGUGAGCUUGGGCGGGUGGACGACGCAGGAUCCUCAGGUGCAAUGUCUCCGCCGCUGUACUUCACCGAUCGCAAAGGCGACGCGCUCAACGUGCGUUUUGGCGGGCUGCAUGCGGGUGACAUUCCGCGAUACAUAAUUGUCGAUCGAGGUAGGACGGUGCUUGGGCUGGACAGGGCGUGGAAGGUCGUGCAUCGUGGCAAGAGUGGUGUGGAAAUUGGUAUAGGUGGAAGACGUAAGAUGCCUGCGUUAACAGACUCGAGCUCUCGGCGCCUGCUGGCCGCACCUACAAGGCGACUGUUGUCUUUGUCCAAGGACAAGGACAAGUAUGAAGAAGUGGAAGGGUUCAUCCGCCUGCCCAGCGGCCGCAAGCACAAAGACGACCAGUCAUACCGGUCCAUCACCCUACAGAAACACGAUGCAGCUUCCGACGAGUCAGGCUCCUCUUCAUCUGAAGCCGAGAGCUCGGGAGACGAGUCGGAUACGACCCUGCUGACCUCGCUGCAAGUCACGCUCAAGUCUCUAGAAGAGAAGCUAACAGCCGACCCGGCUUCUGUACCAACAUGGCUCUCCCUCCUCUCACAUACCCUUUCAACAAUACCUCUGGAUUCCAAGAACGCAACGAAAGCACGCUCGGAGAUUACACUGUCUGUUCUCUCUCGCGCGCUUUCCGUGCACCCGAGCAAUGCGACGUCGAGGGCACUGCGGCUGCGCUACAUAAAGGCAGGCGAGGAGGUGUGGCACGAGAGCAAGUUGCGUGCGGAGUGGGAGACCGCUGUGAAAGUUGGAGGAAUCGAGAUCUGGCUCGAAUGGCUCGAUUGGCGGGUCAGGCAUACGGAGAAGGGCAUCGAGGGGGUGGUAAACGAUGCAAAGCGAGUACUGGGAACACUUGGUUCCGGUGAGCAGGACGAACUUGGAAAGCUCAGGGUGCUGUGGAGGGUGGCUGUCGCAUUCCGAGAUGCAGGUUAUGUAGAGCGUGCUAGUGCGCUGUUUCAGGCCCAAGCAGAACUAACUUUCAAGACUCCCCCUUCGUUGGCGUCAACGCUGCUCGAAACUCAGCUGGAUGCGCUGGAAGAAUUUUGGGAAUCUGAAAGCCUCCGCAUCGGCGAAGCGGGAGCCCCUGGAUGGUCAUCAUGGCUCGCCUCUGGCCGACCCGAUCCCGACCCACACCAACUUCCCCGCAAAUCAACAGAUACCCGCACAGCAGAUGCAGAAGCAGAUGCAUAUCGGCGCUGGGCCGCGCUCGAGACGCUCGCAGACCGCUCUCAGCAGCUCCCCACGCGCACGCUGAACGCGGACGACGCCGCGGAGAGCGACCCUUUCGGAACGAUUCUCUUCUCCGACGUGCGACCGCUGCUCGUCGCGCUGCGCACCCCGCGCGCGGCACACGCCCUCCGGAUGGUCUGGCUCGCGUUCCUCGGGCUGCACGUUCCCGGGUUCGGCGCCGCGCUCGGCGCGGCGGAGGACAGCACGGACGACCGCUGGGCGGAUGCGCACCUGGCUUCGCAGGCGUACUUGAAUGCGUUGAUUCCCGCUGAGGGCGAUAUGGCGCGCCUGCGCAUUACGGCAGACGCACAGGCGGGGGUGCUCGUGGGGCGGGAGAGGGAGUACCGUACUGGGUUUGGGCCGGUGAAGAGCUGGAGGUGGGGUGUGCUCGGUGCGCUGGAGGGCAUCGGGGAGGAUGCGGGGGCGUGGCGGAUGUGGAUGAGGGAAGAUGUUGUGGGUGUGGACCAGGGACUGGUGAGGGAGGUUUUUCGCCAGUGCAGGCGGGGCGGACUCGAGGAUGUAGAGUGGGAUGUGCUUGCAUUGGCAUUUGAGGCUGCCGUUAACGCCAAAGGUGCUACGAAAUUGUCCAAGGCACUCCUGGGAUCUGCGCCGGAUUCGUUACCGCUGUGGGCCGCGCACGCUCGUCUGGAGCGACUGAGAGGUCACACUGACGAUGCGCGGAAGGUCUAUCAGGCAGUUCUAGUGUCUUCGCAUCCGCAUCGCCCCGGAGAUGGUUCCGUAUGGUGGGACUGGGCGGAGACGGAAUGGCUCGCGAGGAAGCCGGACGCUACGCUCCUGGUCAUCGUGCGCUCCGCCGGGGCCGAAGGCACCAGCGGGAUCGCGAUCCUGCGCGCAAAGCGGCAGCUAGACGGGCUGCUCGGGCAGGUGUCCGGUGCGCAGUGGAAGGAGCGCGAGGCGUGGAUCAAGCUGCGCGCGCUGCUGGAGCUGCUGACGGCGUCGGUGCCGUCCGCGCUUGCGGUGCUCGACGGGCAUCUUGGGGCGCUCGAGGUCGGAUCCGCGGCGCAUGAGAGUUUGACGGUUGCGACUCUGGCGCUUCUGUAUUAUCAUGGUACGGUACUUCGCAAUCCGAUGCCCCCGGUGCUCCUGAGGCAGCGGACGGAGAGCGCGAUCGAGACGUACCCUAGCAAUACGGUGGUGCUGGGCAUGUUCCUCGAGGCGGAGAAGGGGCAGGGCAUAUGGGGACGCGUGCGGGCGAUGUUGGGGGAAAGCACGGUGGACGGUGUGUCGAAGGAGAAGGACGUGGCGAGGCGGGUGGCCGAGGUGUGGGUGAGCGGGUGGGAUAAGGGCCGGUGGGAGGCGGAGCAGGAGCGGACGCGGGGCGGGUUGUCUGCCGCCGUGCAGGACGAUCGGACGCGGGGAAGUGCGAUUUUGUGGAGGUUAUUCGUGGAAUUUGAGAUCCGAGUAGGGCAACUUGCAAAGGCGAAGAAGUUAUUGUUUCGGGCAGUUGGGGAGUGCCCACUGGCGAAAGAGCUGUAUCUACUGGCAUUUGGACCGCUCCGGUCAGAGUUCAGCGGGCGGGAGCUGAGCGAGUGGGCCAACACGAUGGCGGAGCGAGGAGUGAGGAUGCGGCAGGGGCUGGACGAGAUGCUGGAGGGAUGGACGGAGGAGAGAGAGGCGCGAGUCGAGAGCGGGAGCGAAGGGGAGGAGGAGAUCGAGACGCGUGCACGGGAGCUGAGGCGGCUGCGGCCGUACUAG